GUGUGACACCGACACUCACAGGGACUGACUGACUGACUGGAGGAGAUCGCUGCUGUAAUUCCUCAGGUGAGAGAAGAGAGAGAGAGAGAGAGAGGGGGAGUGUGGGCUAUUGAGGAGCAGUUGUCAGGCCCUCACCCUUUUCUUCCCCCCCCUCCCUGCCACCACCCCCCCCAGACCCCGAGGCUGAGAUGAGCCGUUCGGCACGCUCCGUGGCCCGGGCUCUCCAGGGAUUGUUCUCCGUGUACAAACCACCCGGAGUUCACUGGAAGAGGGUCCGAGACGCGGUGGAGACAAACCUGCUGCAAGAACUGAAUUCCCUGAAGCAGCCGGAUGCUCGACAGCUGAUCCGAUUCCUCCCGGUUCACGCAGACGGCGAGAGUGAGACGGAAACCAAUCUGACUGUCGUGAAGCUGCCAGCGCUGGCUGAUCAUCCACUGGUUAAAGGUCCAGAGUUUGUUCAUCUGAAGGUGGGAACUGGUCACCGACUGGAUGUGAUGUCAUCCGGAGUCUUUGUGCUCGCUUUGGGUCAUGGAAACAAACAGCUGCCUGAUCUGUACAACUGUCACCUCACAAAGGACUACACUGUCAAAGGAUUCUUCGGUAAAGCAACCGACGACUUUUCUGACAUGGGCAGAUUGGUUGAGAAAACCACUUAUGAUCACAUCACCCGGGACAAGUUGGAACGCAUCGUUGCGGUGAUACAAGGCAGCCAUCAGAAAGCUCUGCUCACAUAUUCUGGCAUUGAUUUCAAGACACAAGAGGCGUACGAGCUUGCAUCCAGAGGGCUGUUGCGUCCCAUGCAGAAUUCUCCUCCGAUCAUCACCGGCCUCCGAUGUGUACACUUCUCCCCACCGAACUUUACACUGGAAAUCCAGUGUUUGCACGAAACCCAAAAAUACCUUCGAAGGAUCGUGCAUGAAAUCGGCCUGGAGCUGAAGUCCACGGCCGUGUGCACUCACGUACGACGGACUCGAGAUGGGUUUUUCACACUGCAGGACUCCCUGAUCAGAACCCGCUGGGACCUGCAGAGUGUGCAGGAUGCCCUGCGAGGACGCGGGUCCAAGGGCAAAGCCACGUUGCUGGAAAGCGGUCUGGAACCCCCAGCUGGAGAGACGGACAGAUUACAGGCGAGGGGGCAGCGCACAACUACCGGGACCCUCAGAACAGCACAGACUGGAACUCGCUGAGACACCGCUGCCUGUUAAAAAAAUGUGAUAUGUGAGCUUUCCGUGCAAACGAAC